UGUCACGACAAAGUUUACGAUCUUGUGCAAAAUUAUCUGAUAAGUGUCUACCAAGAUAAAAGCAUAAUUCUCUGUUUUAUUCAAUGACACCGGUGGUUUGCACAAGUUGCUCGUUUUGACUGGGCCAAUUGUUGUUUACUUUAAAGUGUUGAAAAUGUUUCGUAAAGCAUUUCCCAUUGUUCGCUCAGUGAAAGUUGCCCGUAACUGCAGUGGCAGACAUGCCAGCACGACAGCGUCCACGGUGCAGCCUCGAAUCUGUAUCGUCGGUGCCGGACCUGCCGGGUUUUAUACGGCCCAGUACAUUCUAAAACACUUGGAUAAUUCCUCCAUAGAUAUCGUCGAAAAGCUGCCGGUACCGUUCGGAUUGGUCAGAUUUGGAGUUGCGCCGGACCAUCCUGAGGUUAAAAAUGUGAUCAACACUUUUACCAAAACGGCCGAAAAUCCGCGCGUUAGGUUUCUAGGUAAUCUAAGCUUGGGAAAAGACUUCACCCUGGAAGAGCUACGCCAAAGAUAUCACGCCGUAUUAUUGACAUACGGUGCCGAGCAGGAUAACACAUUGAACAUUCCCAACGAGACUCUGAAGAACGUACUUUCCGCGCGUGAGUUUGUAGCAUGGUACAACGGGCUGCCGGGCUAUGAGAAUCUUAAUCCAGACCUUAGCGGCAAAUCGCUCACACUGCUGGGCCAAGGAAAUGUAGCCGUCGAUGUGGCCCGUAUUGUACUAUCCAGCAUAGAUGAGCUAAAGAAAACCGAUAUUACCGAGUAUGCACUAGAGGCACUUUCUCGAAGCCAAAUUGAAACGGUACACCUCGUUGGCCGGCGAGGCCCACUGCAGGCGGCCUUCACCAUCAAGGAAUUGCGUGAAAUGUUAAAAUUAUCGACUUGCUCUACAGAGUGGCGUGGAGAUGAUUUUGAUCAUGUUGAAGAAAGCAUACCUAACCUACCUCGCCCUAGAAAACGUAUUACCGAGCUGAUGUUGAAAAGUUUAUCAGAACAACAACAAGGACAAAGUAAAUCCACUGUCUCCAGACGGUUUCAACCGGUAUUUUUCCGAUCACCAAUUAAUAUCGUUGGCCACGGAAAGGUCGAAGCGGUGGAAUAUGUUGUGAACAGGCUGGCGGAUGGAAGGGCUAUUCCGACCGACCAAAGGGAAACCAUUGUGACGGAUUUAGUGUGUCGCAGUAUUGGUUAUCGUGCGAUCAGUAUGGACAAUCAUAUCAACUUUGACGAACGAAAAGGAUGUGUUAACAACGCUGGUGGACGCGUUUUAAAACGCAAUCUUACCGGAAGUGACCAGACGAUUGACGACAUCGAGGACAAGUACGAGACCGGCCUGUACGCAUCCGGUUGGCUUGCGACGGGCCCCACGGGCGUUAUUUUAACGACGAUGAAUAAUUCUUUCGCGGUGGCCGAUUUGGUGUGCCGUGAUUUCAAAAACAAUGUCAUCCGGAUGAACGGAUCGCGGCCAGGAUUGGAUCUAUCCGGUAAGCCGUACGUUAGCUGGAAUGGAUGGAAAGCAAUCGACGCCGAAGAAAUGCGUCUAGGUGCUGCGAAAGGAAAGCCACGGGAAAAACUAAUCUGCGUGAAAACGAUGUUGCAAAUCGCAUCAAAUGCAUCCAAGUAGGUUGUAGCAUGUACCUGGCGCAUGUAUGCUCAUGUAUUUUUUAAUACGGCUAUGCCUUGUUUUGUAUGCUGUUAUUACCUUGGGAAUGGACUAUUAAGUUAUGAAACCGCGUUAUUGAGUAUGGAAUAAAAAAAACAAAAAAUUGUCACAACCAUA